AUGGUUCAUAAAAGCGAUCUUGUUGUGAUAGUGCUAGUCUUUGCCGUUUCGUUCAAUAAUGCAGCAGGACGAAGUUUGGACCGUCCUAGGCGGGAAGUGGUGACAGAUGGAAUCGAGGUAGAACUGUCCACGUCCGGUGAGCAAAAUCGAGCAGCAAUUCCGGUGAUCAGCGACAUACAGCGGGUAGAGAAAAUAGCUGAUCUUUUGAUAUCGAUCGGUGAACAUGUGAUACCUGCACUGCUGGACGGUUUAGCCGAACAGGUCACGGCUGCUGCACCAGAAAGAAGGUUUCUACAUCACGUGGACAAAACCUCUCCAGAACAAACAUUGUAG